CAGAGAGCUCAGUGUCAGUGUGUGUGCAGUGGAAAAAGGGAUUACUGACUUCUGAAGAGUAUCUGGGCUGAUUCUAAAGAACAACAGAGCCACCAGCUUUGUCUUGACACCAAUUCUCACCAUGGCUCUGACCAGCUCUUCAUCCAGCCGUUCCUCCUCUUCCUCGUUCCGCUCGUCAGCCUGCUACAGCAGUUCCAGCACCUACCGGUCAGAGGGGUCUGGUGGUGGRGCGGCGGACCCCCUGUUUGAGCCUUUCCUGGAGGCAGCAGGGGUGGGACCCCAAAGCCUGUUUGGAGAGGAGGGGGAUGUGGCCCCCCUGUGUCUUGCCCCCUUCAGCCGACACUGCAAAGACUCUUACGGGCACCCAGGCCCAACAAGUGGCACUGUGACAGGUCGUCCUGCCAGUAUGGGCGUGGUCAGAUCGUUGGGGGAUAGUUACUACAUGUCAGCUGACGUCAGUCAGUUUGAACCUCAUGACAUAGUGUUGAUGGCCUACAACCACAACAUAGUCAUCCACGCUGAAAAGGUGUUGGAGGAUGGGAGUGUCAGUGAUACGUUUACCCAUAAGACCCUGCUACCGGAGGACAUGGACCCCCUGUCGGUCAGUGGCACACUGACCCCUGAGGGCAUGCUGGUGGUCAGUGUCAUGAGGAUCCCCACUAUGGGGGUGAUGGAGCCCCCUACACCCCCCGCAUACCGCUCUGAGGCACACCUCGGACCUCCACACCUCUGACUGACUUCAGAUGGUUUUCUAUUUUCACCCUCCAGUUUUAUACAUAGAAGAGAUGUGAUGUACUGAAACACUAUCGUUAAAAAAUGAUUUGAUUUCAGUUGAUUUAUUUUUGUUUAUGGGUUAAUGUUGAUUGUUGAUUUAAUAAAUGAAUCAUCUUCAAAGAAAAUGCAUCAUUAACGUUGUACCAUAUUAAAGUAACAUGGGUUUUGGUUUAUUACAUACACAGCGCAUCCUAGUCAAAGAAAAGUUCAGACCAGGUUACAGAUAGACACCCCCCCCCCCCCCUCCAAACUGAACACACUGGGUAGACCUGAGAUAGAGCUCUGUUCAUGAAUAAGGGACUAGCUAUUUCUUGCAUAUUUCCUGACAAUGAAUACUUGUYCAGAGCCAUAGAGCCAGUAGUAUCUUGGAUGAUAAUUGGUCUGACAAGUUUUAAGAGAAGCAAAAAGAAAUCCCAUGCUUGUCAUCUCCUCUCUCCGUCUCCUAGGUCUCUCGCUCACACAGUAUCAGUCGUAAGUCAGAGUUUAGUUUKCUCAGGGAAACUUUCUUCAUAGAGCCCUCUGCACUUUUUUUUUUAGCAGCAAUUACAUCAAUCUGCCUGUCUGACUAUGAGUCACAGUUAAAAUAGUCCCCCCUUGUAUCCUCCUUACUCUCUGCCAAUCUGGGGAGACGGACUUUUACUGUGACACCUUCAUUUAUUAUUAAUCAAUAUGAAGUCCACAUCGCCUGGGACAGGAGAUGAAACUGAAAGUGGUUGUAUUGAGCAUGUGUAAAACUGUUCCAAGGACUAGCACCACCAUCAAAAACUAGCACCGGCACCACCACCACAAUACAAAUUACUUGUAUGCCAAUAAACUACAGAAGAUGGGUAAAAAA